AUGAAGCACAGGUUAUGUGUGAAGGAGGUCCUGGUGUACCUCUGGUCCUGCUUCUCCAAACCGGUCCCUCGGAACUGUCGUGAGCUCCUCACGCUCCUCCUCCUCUGCCUCUUCAUCGCCGUGGUUACCAGCGGCCUGCUCUUCAGCUGGUUGUCGGGAGGGACGUUGCGCUACCCGGCGCUGUGGUCGGGCGUGGCGGCGUGUGUGUGCGGCGUGUGUGUGCUGGUGGUGACGGCGCUCCUCCACCCCGUGCGCUGCGUCCUGGCCAUCAUGCUGCCCACCCUGGGCUCCUCACAGGGCCAGCGCCUCCUGCUGGCCACCGGCGUCAUGCUCACCCUCCUCAGCGCCCCGCCCAACAUGGCCGCCAACGUGGGCUCACUCACACACACACUCAAGUGCAGCUCAGAGAGUGUGGUGCGUAGCCUGUUGAACUCGUCGGAUGUGAUGAAUGUUGUGAAGGGGGAUCUGGUCGCCGCGGCGACGGCAUGCAAGGUUAUGGCCGACUACGUGCAGAGCCUCCGCAGCUUCGACCACGAGACCCGUGUCAACGUCUCCACGGUGACGCAGCGGUUCGGCGAUGUGGCGGGCCGGCUGCAGGGGGACUUCAGGCGGGCGCAGGGGCGAGCGCAGGGCCUGAGGCGGGCGUGUCAGCGGCUGUUGGCGGCGCUCCUGGUGCUGCGGCUGCUCUGGAGCUCCGGCCGCUACCUGCACUCCUACCUGACGGUGCUGGGCUUCGACAACGUCUACGUGACGCCGCGGCUCAGGAGGCUGGCCGCUGCCAGAGGGGUGCCGCUCGACGCCGCCGCUCGGCUGAAGAACGGCGUGGACGCCACUGGGUACCGCCUCAGCCCACAGGAAGUGCGUGAGUGUGUGCCGUCCUUCGCCCUCGUCACACUCUACUUCCUGCUCUGUGUGCUCCUCGUGGCACUCGACUUCCUGGUGUACCGGCUGGUCAGUGUGGGGGGGCCCUGGCUACUGGACAUCCCAGACACUGGCAUCACGCUCACUGUACUUUAUAAGUGUGUGUGUGUGUGUUCACAGGUGCAAGUGUGUGUUCUAGCUGGCAACUGGUGUUCUGACGUGCUGGUGUUCCAGAGAGAGUACGACUGGCUGAUCAGGAUGGGGGCGGGACACUGCGGGGCCGCUGCCAUGGCGACGCCUUCAGCCCCGGACUCGGGUACUGUGGUUCUGCUGGGGCUGCUGUUCCUGCUCAGCUACGCUCUGGUGGUUCUGCAGGUCUACACACGCCGGGCCCGCCGGGCCGUGGCCGCAUGCUUCUUCCAGAACCAGGAGGAGCGCCGCAUAGACUUCCUUCUCCAGAAGGUUCUGUCCAAUCAGAGAGCAGGCGGGCCGGGCGUGUUCUCCAUAACGCUGGAGGGGGCGGGACUCAGAAUGUCUGAAAGAGCAUCAUCUGAAACACUUUAG